CAGUGUGCCAGCUGCAACGCAUUCAGUCUGCGUUCGACAGUGUUGAAGAAUAGUGUAUAGGAAGAAUACUUAUUAAGAAAAUGGCACCAUUAAAGGAUCAACUUUUAACUACUGUAACAGAAUCGGUGUCAACCGGUAGAAAUAAAAUCACAGUGGUCGGUGUCGGUCAAGUUGGAAUGGCCUGUGCUUUUAGCAUUUUGACAAACCAUGUUUCGAGCGAAGUGGUAUUAAUUGAUGUAAUGGCGGACAAAUUAAAAGGAGAAAUGUUAGACUUGCAACAUGGCAGUGCAUUUAUGAAGAAUGCAAAAGUGAGUGCCAGUACAGAUUAUACCGUGUCCGCGAACUCGAGUCUCUGCAUCGUGACAGCGGGUGCUCGUCAGCGCGAAGGUGAAACCAGAUUGGAUUUGGUUCAACGUAACACUGACAUUUUCAAGGGCAUUAUACCUCAGUUAGUCAAAUAUAGCCCAAACACAAUUCUCCUCAUUGUUUCCAAUCCGGUGGACAUUUUGACUUAUGUAGCAUGGAAACUUUCCGGCUUGCCAAAGAACAGAGUUAUUGGCAGUGGUACAAAUUUAGAUUCUGCCCGCUUUCGCUUUUUGUUAUCGCAAAAACUUAAUGUCGCACCUACGUCUUGCCAUGGCUGGAUUAUUGGAGAACAUGGUGAUACCAGUGUGCCUGUAUGGUCUGGAGUUAAUGUUGCCGGAGUACGUCUACGUGAUUUGAAUGAGUAUGUGGGUACCGACAAAGAUGGGGAACAUUGGAAUGAAUUACAUAAGCAAGUGAUACAAAGUGCGUAUGAAGUUAUCAAAUUAAAGGGCUACACCUCAUGGGCAAUAGGUCUUAGUGUUUCGCAACUUGCAUCGGCUAUACUAAGAAAUUCCAAUCAAGUACACGCUGUGUCUACGCUGGUUACUAAUCAUCAUGGAAUUAAGGAAGAAGUAUUCUUAUCUUUACCUUGCACAUUGGGUGAAGAUGGCGUCACGCACAUUGUUCAGCAGAAGCUAACAGAUGAUGAACUUGCAUCAUUGCAUACAUCUUCAGCGAUGAUGCACAAGGUGCAAGAAGGCCUCAAAUUUUAA